AUGAAGUAUUCAAAGACACUUGCAAGUGCUGGACUAUUUCAUCUGGCCCUUGGCCUUCCAAGGCCUCAGAUGACAUACGAGGAAAAUCAAGGGGAUGUUGGUGGUGUCAACCCGCCUAUUCCAACCUACAGCGGUGCACCCGUAGGAAACCUCCGCGGUUCAACGAACCUUCAAGGAGGCAUUGCAUCGCGUCCACCUGUCGACGGGGGCGACUCGGCCGUUGUGAAGGAUCCGCAGCUCGUGGGUGGCCAGGAGGCUGAUGCUAAACUUGGUCUCUACCUGGACUUCAACAGCGCCGACUACCCUAAUGGUCCACAACCCAUUCGCGGUGGUCUGGGAGAAACUGACCCCGGGCCGCGCACGUACGAGUAUGAGAAACUAAAUCCCGAUACUUACGCACCACCUUCGACGGAUAAAGGCACUGUACCCCAAGCUAUGUGGCCUCUUGGUCUAAGUCAUAACUUAUUCGGCUCGGGCGAGGAGUCCGGUUGGGCUCGGCAGCAGAACCAAGACGUACUGCCCGUGGCUACUCAGAUGGCGGGCGUCGAUAUGCGUCUUGCACCAAAUGCGUAUCGAGAACUGCAUUGGCAUACUUCCGGUGAAUGGGCCCUGGUCUUGAAAGGUUCGGUUCGCGUAGCCGCCAUCGAUACUGAUGGAGCCUCUUUCGUCGACGACGUCACAGCUGGAGACGUGUGGUUCUUCCCGCAGGGUGUUCCUCACAGUUUACAGGCCUUACACGAGGGUGCCGAGUUCUUGUUGGUCUUUGACAGCGGUACCUUCUCCGAGACAGACACCUUCCUUGCUACCGAGAUGCUCAUGCGCACACCCGUAUCUGUCUGGGCAAAGGACCUUCAAACCGACGUCAGCUCGUUCGACAAUAUCCCCGACGCAGAGAAAUAUAUCUUCAAUGGCACCCCUGCUCCGGCCAACAUCUCAGAGCAGAAUAUAACGUCUUCAGCUGGCGCUCUCUGGGGCCCUUCAGGAUACACUUACCACUGGUCGCAACAAGAAUUCCACAACACCACCGGCGGAUCCGUCAAGAUCUUAGACCCAAUAACCUUCCCCGUAGCGGACAUGUUCUCCGCCGCGCUCGUAGUCCUCGAGCCCGGCGCAAUGCGCGAGGUACACUGGCACACCGAGAGCGACGAAUGGUCGUACUUCCUCCAAGGCUCCGCCCGCAUUACCAUCUACGAAGCGCCCGCCGCCUCUGCGACCUUCGACUUCACCGCCGGCGACGUCGGCUAUAUCCAGAAGUCGGCCGGGCACUACGUCGAGAACACGGGCACGGAAGACGUCAUCUUCCUAGAGGUGUUGCAAGCUAAGAAAUUUUCCGACAUCAGCGCUGCCCAGUGGCUCGCGUUGACGCCGCGCCAGGUUAUCAAGGACACGCUUAACCUGUCGGAUGCGGUGCUGGAUGCUAUACCUAAAGAGAAGACUCUCAUCAAGUCUGGGAAUCCUAACAUGACUGCUAUUGCGGGUGGCGGCCAGAACUUUUAG